UCUACUUGAAGUGUCAUCCAAUCAACGUGGCAUAUAAAUACGCAACAGCUGAAUAAGUAUCACUUUUGGGGUUUUUUCUGUCACUAACCAAAGAAGGAAUUAGGGUUUUACGGUACCUACCUCUUUUUCUCAUCUUCGAUUCAAUCCAACAACAUGAGUCGCCAUCCUGAGGUUAAGUGGGCACAGAGAGAAGACAAGGUCUACAUCACAGUGCAGUUGGCUGAUUCCAAAAAUUCAAAAGUUGAUCUUACUCCAGAAGGUGAUUUUACCUUUUCUGGUAGUGCUGGUGCUGGAGACAAUCAGUAUGAGCUGAAACUUGAGCUCUUUGACAAGGUUAAUGUAGAGGAGAGCAAAAUCAGUGUAGGAGUGCGAAACAUAUUCUGUGUAGUGCAGAAGGCUGAGAGUGGAUGGUGGAAGAGGUUGUUGCGUGGAGAAGGCAAGGCUCCUCAUUAUGUGAAAAUAGAUUGGGAUAAAUGGGUUGAUGAAGAUGAGGUUGAAGAAGGUGGUGGUGGUGAUGUAGACUUGGGAGGAAUGGAUUUCUCGAAAUUCGGCGGGAUGGGUGGCGGUGAUCCCAUGGGAGGAAUGGGAGGCAUGGGCGGCUUGGGAGGAAUGAUGGGGGGCAUGGGAGGAAUGGGAGGCAUGGGAGGAAUGGAAGGACUGGGAGGCAUGGGAGGAAUGGAAGGACUGGGAGGAAUGGACUUCUCUAAAUUUGCUGGGAUGGGUGGUGAUGCAAUGGAUGAUAUUGACGAGAGUGACGAUGAAGAUCAAGAAGUGUCAAAGCCUGGAGAGCAAGAUGCUGCAGGCAAGAGCGCUGGUGAGGCAGCUACAGAGAGUGUAGAAGCUACUCCAAGCACAUAAUAACCUUGCAGUGCAAGAUUUGAAGAUGCUUAUAAAGACUGUUGAGUGAAAUUUUUCCUCCUUUGUGCCAUUCAGUGGUAGUUUAAGUGGGAGACGUUUGUGUCCUCUUUGAUGUGUUGACUUAACAGUAGGAUAUUGUAUAAUUGAGAUUUAUUUAAUGCAUGAAUGGCGGUGAUUUGUUUCUAGCCAGCGCUGUCUCGAUGGAAAAGAACGUUGGUAUAAUAUUCACUUGAUCUUAUUUCGCACAUCAAA